AUGGGACGACUUGAAUCCUUGACUGCUCUGGCUCUUGGUCGAGGGCCAUAUGAGGAUGAAGUUGUCGGAUUCUCAGGCGAUGAAGCUCGCCCGAACGGCCAGCAAUACAAUGGGCAUGGCCAUCCGCGAAAUCCCGAAACCAAACGGCGAGAGCGUGAACACGUGCGGGCCGCGAAUGAGGUGAUGCAGGUGACGGGUGUUGUAGAGGACUUGGUCGCCGCGAAAACCAAGGCGAGUGAAUACCUUCUCAGCAGGAGUAGAGACACCAUAACCGGCCUACGCUUGAUGGAGGCUGGACGUGCCGUACUCGUCGGAGGGGUUUGGGGGGUGCUAGGUCUACGACGGCGCAUCUUACUCUACCAGCCAUAUGCGAAAUUCGGACUCCUACAAAUUUUACGGUAUGAAAAGGCGAGAUAUGGGCUCCUACAUGUGAUCGGAGCCGGACUUCCCGCAGUUUUGGCCUAUCAUGCCGCAGAUUGGGUUGCAUUUUUCUUUGAGACCGUUCUAGAUGCAUAUUGGGAGGAGGAAAAUGAAGAUGGCCUGUCCCUACUAACAUUGACACCGGCGCAGAAACGGGUUAGAUUCGCUCUACAAAUGCUACAUCGGCUUCUCCUACAUUACUUUGCACUUCCGGAUGUUCGCCAUUCUACAGCAGCUCGCCCUGGUCCCAUCUUCUCACAUCCUACCCACCCGCCGAUCUUUUAUUCCCUUUUCGGCCUCUUCACCACUCCAACUCCCUCUAUCGAGGCCAACUUCAUUAAUCUCAUGGGUGACAGCGAUAGUUCGAUCGGCAUCCCCGAUGUUCAUGAUUUUGCUCCACGGCAAGGGGACAGCAUGUUCGCCGGUAUGUCGGUUUCAGCCCCGACCGCCGAGUACGAUACGCCAGACCGACACCCAGAGGAAAGAUCAAGCUACCGCGCGGAAGAUGAACCUACACUACGAGCACUUGAAGGACUUCCAGCGUUGGAACAAAUGGAGCCUCACUCUCGUCCAAACGAAAGAGACUCAGAUUCUAGUAUUGGGGAAGAUGCCGAGAUCACACAUGCCACACUCAUUAGUUUUGAUGUCGAGGCAACUGAGGCCGUGGACACUCCCCUCGGACCCCUUGGGACUUGGUCAGCAGAAUUACGCAGUGCUAAUGAACCCAGGCAAUCAGAUGAGCCCAGGUACCGUGUCACGGGACUGACAAUGCUACCGCCAAUUCUAGCGACGGAGGGAUUGCGAGAGAUUGCUGCGGGCCUUCUCGUGAUGCCCUUUGAGGCUCUGAUGGUAAGGGUGAUCGGGCGGGCGUACCGGGCGAGUGCUGGUGUAGACGUGGAAGAUAUUUAUUCAAUAACGUCUAGCGUUUCGGGACUUGGCAUCACUGGGUUUGGAAAUCUCGUCGCCAUGUUUGCUCUUCAAUUGGGUGUUACUGGCAUCGUUUGGGCGGGAUUUACUAUUGGAUCCCAGUUGUGGGCCUCAAGAUCACAUACGAACGAUGAUCGAGGCGUGGUUGAGAUAUGA